UUAAAUAAAUUUUACAAUAUUUAAAACAAUAUUAAAAAAAUAAAAUGGGUAACAUUAAAUUUGUUUGUAUUGGUUUUUGUGCUACAUCAUGCUGUGUUCUUAGAGCAUGAAAUUGAGAUUGAACAAUAAUAUCAUUGGAUCGAAGAAUUUCAAAAUCGAAUUUUAUUUGAUUACCAAAAAUGAUCGAAUUAAAUUAAAUGUCUAUUAUGAAACACUUUGUGGGGACAGCAUAAUAUUUUUCCGAAGACAUUUGACAAGAUCUUUGGUUUCAAAAAAUCUAUUAGAAUACGUUGAUUUAAAAUUAAUUCCGUAUGGUAAAGCUGAAAUUUAUGUUAAUCCACACACAAAUAAUACCGAAAUUAUAUGUCAACAUGGUCCAAAAGAGUGCGAACAAAAUGCAUUACAUGCAUGUGUCGUUGAAAAUAAUGGUAAUACUAAAGAUACAAUACUAUUACUUAAUUGUAUGAUGAAUGGAUAUAACAAUGAUAUUGAAUUUUGCUCCAAUUACUAUAGUAUUAAUGUGGAUGAUGCAAAAGAAUGUGCAAAAAAUAGAACUAUUAUUGAUAUUUUAAGACCAUUUGAAAUUGAAACCAAUAAAAUUUCUCUAACUUUUGUUCCAAGUAUUUCUUUUGAUGAUAAUUUUGAGGCGCAAGGACAAUACAACUUAAGAAACAAAUUUGAAUCAGAAUUAUGUAAAAGAUACAUAAACAAAUUUGGGUCUCCUAUCGAAGGCUGUCCAUGAUUUGCUGUUUCAACAAGAGAUGAACAAUUUUGCAGUUUUUUUUUAUAUUUUUAAAUAUUUUGAUUCUUGUUAAGCUCAAUAAAAAUUAUGUAAAAAAUAUAAUUCAUAUGUAAUGUA